AUGGAAACUCUCUUCAGGCCUGAACAUAUUCACUUCCGUUAUCAUCGCUCUCAAGUUUCCACUCUCAAACUUCUCCUUUCCGACCGUGCUGCUUCUCCUUCCACAUCAGUUUCAUCAUCUUCUAAUGUUUCAAGCACAAGUACUGCGGGAAUUCAUACCUCGUCUGCUGCUUCUAAUUCUCAGCAACUAGAAAGCACUGCAACAAACAACAUGACCACGACCAAUCAACUCUCACCUCAACCCUCUUGUAGAAGUAGGAGACAACCAACCACAUCAAGAUGUGUCUCUCCAUAUAAAUCUCCCAACACUUCAGGAAGACUAAAGGCUACGAUUGCUAAGGGUGUUAAGGAUCAAGAACCUACCAUCGAUAAUGGUGCUUCUUCUUCUCAGUUUGCUGAAAAAUUCGAACAAUAUGCAGAAAUGAAAAAAACCAGCUUGGAAUGCAUCAACAAGCUCAACUCGCUCUACAAUAGCGUUGAAAUUGGUGUCAAAGAACUCUCGAAUUUGUGGGAAAUGUUGACAGAAAUUGAUGAACAACAGCCAGGAUCCCUCUUCUUGAUGGACUUUGAAGAGGAUGGAGAUGAUGAAAUUAUUCCUCCAAACUUUUCCAUGUCUAACAGCAACACAUUUACAUGCAGCAGUAGCAAGGUGAAUCUUAAAGCUCAGCGACUUCAAAUUUGUGAACAAGUGACCAAAUUGAUUAAUAUUGAGAGCACCUUACUGAAUUUAGUUGAGUCACACCAAAAUAUGUUGGAGAGUAAUUUUGGCUUUUCAUUCCAAGCGAGAGAAGAACUGGAGAGAGUAAGCUCAACAGGUUCAUUGCCCAUUCCCAAGAAGCUUCCAAGCUCGAAUUUCAAAGAUAUAAUGGAAUAUAUUGACUUUCCAAGCCACAUCCAGAGGACGGUCACAUGUUCUAAGCUUUUUGAAACGACACGAAAGAUUAUUGUUCCAAACGAGGAGGAAGCGAGUGAAGCCUCUAUUGUUGAACUUGAUGUUGAACGCAUUACUGGGGCAUCCCCUCUAAUUCGAUCUCUUCCUUCCACAACCUUCCCAAAUAAUACUUCCAACUCCAAAGUCAAAUGGCGAGAAUAUAUUCGCUUGGAAAAGCUCAACAAGAAAUUCCAAAAGAAAUUGAAUGAAUUUGAAGAGGUGAUUAUCCAGUUUGUUCAGCUCAAACAGCAGUACAGUUAA